AUGUCACCAGAACACUACGCAUGGCAUAUGCAGCAAGAGAAUAGAGGAGCUGGAGUCCCUCGUCUGGAUAUCUUUGCUACUGAAGACAGCGGGUUUGUCAGUGAGGGAAGCAGUCUGGCAUCCUCAAACAGGAGUUCAGUUAUCCGGAGAAAUCAGAAGCCUGAAGUUCACCGUGGUGUCAAGAUAAAAGAAGGUUUGAAGAGGUUCUUCACGUUUGGACGACAAAAACAGAGAGAAGAAGUUGCCCGUCCUAUUGCACUACUGCGUGUGGGAAACAGUAGGGAUGAGCAGAAUCCUGAGGCUGCAUGGAGUUUGCCUACACCAGUGACACAGACGGGUCCACAAGUGGAUACAGACAUCCAUACUGCCUGCAAGAUGGGUGACCUUGACCGGCUAAGCCGCAUCCUAUCUAAGGAUCUGGUAGACGUCAACCGUAGAGGGGAGGGCGGAUUAACACCUGCAAUGAUAACAGCACAAUUCGGACACAGAAGAAUGGUAGACAUGCUUGUGAGUAAAGGUUCUGCAUUGCACCUUCUUGCCGAUAACAAAAACAACAUCCUUCAUGUGGCCUGUAUUGGAGGACAUGUUGACAUGGUGAAGUAUGUCCUCUCAAUGAAUGUUGCAGACAUCAACAGUAGGGUCAGUACGAGAGGACACCAGUGAUGAUGGCAGCAAAGAAUGGAAACAGAGCGGUAUUUGACUUUACUUGUGAGAGAAGGAGCUGAUGUAUCAUUAGUGGAUGAU